AACAUUAAUUACACGUUUAAAUUAUAUUCAAGAAUUAAUCAAAUCUCAAAAAAGUUUGAAACAUAUUUUAUUAAGCUGUUCUUUAAUGGAAUUUCCUGAAAUAAUAAAAGGUCUCUCCGUUCAAGUUGAAACCUUAACUCAUAUUACUAUUCGAAAUAUUAAAUUUGAUCAUGGAUUUCCUUUCACAGAAUUGGCCGAAUAUUUAAAUUUGAAAUACUUGGAAAUAGAAAAUUGUAGAUUUAAUAGGGGAAAAAUAAUAAAACCUGAUUUAAAAGCAUUUCAAAAACUCGAAUCAAUCCUUAUCAGCGCAACUUAUGUGAAUUUUGAAAUUAUGGAGAUUCUAUGUUGUCAAGCCAAAGAUUGUUUACGUGUAUUGAAAUUACCAGCGGGUACAACUGAUUUUCCAAAACUCGAAAAUAUUUGUGUCAACUUUUGUCCAAAUAUAAAAAAAUUUAUAACGUCAAUUAAAAAGUCUUCAUAUAAACACAUAAUUUCUGUGAUAAAUGCUUGCAAAAAUCUUGAAGAGAUUCACAUCUACGAAGAUCAAUGUGAUGAAAUAUUUACGUAUAAUGUUCUUGAUGCUAAUCAAUUCUUGAGAUUACUUGGAGAGAUCUUGCCAAAGUCAGUUCAUACUUUUAAAUACUUGUCAGAUUUGAGCUUUGAUUCAACAUCACUUGAAACAUUUCUUCGUCAAUUCCAACCCAAGAAGUUUAUAUUAUUAGAGUUUAAUGAUUGUUCUUUUUUCUCGGAUGAACACCUUAGUGUAAUUAUUAGUCUCUGUGGUAAAACAUUGAAGAAAUUACAUAUCAUUGGAAAAAAUAAUCUACAUCAUAUGUAUGUUCAUGAAAGGAAACAUCAAUUUCUUGGAGAUCUUUAUAUAGAGAAAUUAAAUCGUAAAGGAUUGUUUAUAGAUAAUUUAAAGAAGGGAACGAAACUGUAAUGUAAUAUGCUGA